CUAUAAAUUGUUAUCUCACGUGAACUUUAACAAUUUUAUAAUGCAAAAUAAUGGAGUUUAGGGAAUUAUCACCGAGAAAAUGUUCUAUAUUAACCAUUAUACUUUUCUUUCUUUUUCAAGAAAAGAAUGUCCUGUGUCUCAGGCAUGUCGAAAACUUUGAAAUAUCAUCUCUGGGGCUUGAUUUGGAUAAAAGCACCUUUUCAGAUAUGAAUGUAAACAAACUGCUUGAGAGACAUCGACGUGACACCAGUGAUAGUGAUCCGGUUUGUGACAAACAAGAAAAGACAUUCUUAAGUGAAAUUUACAAUAGUAAAACCAAUGAAAAUGGUACUAAAAUUGAAAACCGGUGGGUCUUUGAUAAUGAAAGUAACUUGAAUUUAGCUUUGGCCUGGGCUGGAAAAGAUGAUGAUGGGGUGUUGUUGGCUGUUACAACAGAAGAUUCUGGAAUGACGGUUUCUGCUCAAUUAUGGAGAAGUACUGAUUUUGGCAGAAACUGGAAGGAUCAGAAUAAAGAUAUUGAAAAAGCUGUGAUUAGAAAGGGAGAUGGAGUUGUAAGAAAUCCACACAAUUCUAAAAAGGUGUAUUUACUGACUUAUAAAAAUGUUAUAUAUGUAACAGAAGAUGGUGGUGCUACCUGGGUCAAGAGAACUGUAACUGCUGAAGGAGAUUCACCUGGACAACUCAUAUUUCAUUCUUCACCUGAUUAUCAAGAUUAUAUAUUAACUGUUUCAUCCAAGGCCAAUUUAUAUGCUACACUUGAAAACUGGAAAGACUGGUCACAGAUUAGACAAGGGGUUCAUGGCAAUAUUGAUACAGCGUUGUGGGGUAGUGUAGAAUCUGGUUAUCCUAAAUCAGUAUAUUGUAUGAUUGGUAAACCACUUGUUAAUAUACAAGAUUUUAUGAACUCACUUAUAGGAAAUAAAUAUCAAAAAGAGUAUGUAUUAUGUCGACAUGAAACUACUGGUACUGCUAUGUCACAGAUUUUACAAAGAGUAGCAUCAUUUGGUAUCAAGGGAAAUUUUUAUAUGCCUCUGUUUUUAGAGAUGAAAAGGCAGAACAGAAUGCUAAAAGGUUUAUGCAGAUCUCUACUGAUGGAGGUACAUCCUGGGCUGAAACUGUUUUACCAACAUUAACUGGUGACAGAUUUUAUUCAGUAUUAGAUAUGUCUGAAGAGUUGAUAUUUUUGCAUGUUGAUAAUCCUGGAGAUACUGGUCAUGGAACAUUAUUUACAUCAGCUGCAGAAGGACUGGUUUAUUCUGAAUCAUUAGAACGUCAUUUAUAUCCCAAUUAUGGACAUGGAGUCACAGAUUUUUAUAAAGUAGAAUCUAUUCGUGGUGUAUAUCUGGCUAGUCAAAUAGACAGUGAUGAUUCUAUUCAUUCAAUGAUUACGUUCAAUCGUGGUGCCACCUGGCAGAAGAUAAAAGCUCCUGAAAAUAGUGUUUGUAAAUCAAAUAGUUGUUAUUUGCAAAUACACAAUAAAUAUAGUGUAGCUCGUGGUAUUAAAGCCAAGUUACCAUUAAGUAUUCCUGAUGCCAAGGGUUUAGUACUAGUGCAUGGUCAUGUUGCAGAUGCAUUACAGACUACUUUACCAGAUGUAUUUUUAACCAGUGAUGGGGGUUAUACAUGGAGAAAGGUAUUAGAUGGUCCUCAUUCAUAUCAGAUAGCUAACUCUGGUGGUCUGAUAGUAGCUGUGUCUUUAUCUACCAAUACACCCAAAAUAGUGAAAUUUUCUACUGAUGAAGGUCGAUGCUGGCAUGAGUAUGAAUAUACGGAUGAAGAUAUCAAUUUAACUGGCUUAUUAACAGAGCCAGGAGGAAAGAGUAUGACCUGCUCUAUUUGGGGAUAUCAUAAGCAAACACAUAAAUGGACGGUUUAUGUUAUUGAUUUUAAGGAUGUUAUUGCCAAGGAAUGUAAUUCUGAUGAUUAUGUUGAAUGGAAAGCUCAUGAAUCACUGCGUAAAAAAGAAAAUUCUGGUGUAGAAGGUUGUUUAUUGGGUAAAAAACAAAGUUUUAAAAAACUGAAGCCAGAUUCUUGGUGUCACAACACAUACUACUAUAAACCAAUAGAAAAUAGUAAACAGUGUAGCUGUACAAGAGAAGAUUAUGAAUGUGAAUUUGCCUUUAAACGUCCAGCUGGAAGUGAUCUGUGCUUAGUAGACCCUAAUUUUAAAAGUGGAGAGCUGGAUGUUUGUGAAAAAGGAGAGAUUAUAAAACUCAUCACCAAUGGAUAUCGUAAAAUACCAGGAGAUGUUUGUGUUGGUGGAUUCCAACCUAAAGAUGAACAUGUUGACAUGAAAGCAAAAUGUGAUUCAAGAAUUAAAGAGGAAGUAUUGAAAGAUGAAGGAAAGGUUGAUAAACAUUCACAAAAUAAAGAAUCAGAGCCUACUAAACAUACAGCUAUUUCAGGUACCCACUCUACACUAGUUACUGUGAUAGUAAUUAUAGUUUUAGUUUCAGUUGUCACCAUAGCAUCUUUCUUCUUAUAUAAAAUAUAUCUUUUACGUAAACAUAAAGUUGUGUAUCGAUAUUCCCUGUUAGCCCAGAAUCAAGGGGAAAAUCAAGAUUUUGAUGCCAAUUUGGAAGGAGUAUUAACUAAUAAUUCUUCAUUGUAUAAUGAUGACUCUGAUGAAGAGCAAGAUACAGCAAAAUCUAAUGGUAAUCCAUUUGAGAAUAAUUAUAGAUCUACUGGAUCAUCUAAUGUUAAUGUGACCAACAAUAUACCACCAGUUAAAUCUUAUCAUGAUGAUUCUGAUGAUGAUUUGUUAAAUUGAUGUGAUAAGAAAGCCACAAGAUCAUUCCUAUAUAUUAUUAUUGGUACAGUGAGAUGUAUAUAAUUAUUGGUACUCAACUAAUCUUUCGUCUGUGAUAUACACAGUUUCCUUCUAUUUCUUUAUAUAUUUGUAUAUUAGAGAAAGGCUUCAUGUUCAGCCUGCACUUAGCCAGUGGUGGUAGUCAAAGACAUUAUCUUUUUGAAUUGCUAAGGAAUCAGAAUCAGAAAUUUGGAAUGUAUGUACAGCUUUAGCCAUAACAUUUGUUUUUUCAGUUUAUACUGAGCUUUUCUAGCAGUAGUAAUAGUUUCAUACUUUUAUUUAAGUUCAUUUUGUCCCUAAUUCUCAACUACUUUUGAUUGUUUUUCAGGAAUUCUUUUAGAAUGUUAUCUUUUAUAUCAUUGUCUGUGUUUAAAAUUUUUAUGAAUCUUUGUUCACAAUGAUUCUAGUUAAAGAUGUUUUUUUUUUGCAAUACCAUUGGAUGUAGACAAAUCACUUAUUAUUUGCUCUCCUAUAGAUCCAUUGAGUAAUAUAAGCUAUUGUCUUGAAUAAAAUAAAGAUUUGAAACUAACAUUUGUGGUGGAAGAGUAUUGUAUAGAUUUCAUAAGGAAAUUAUUAGAACACACUGAUUUUUUUCAAGUAUAUCACAAGAUUUGCUGUAUUGCCUAUAAAAGUAUGUAACUAUUGACUGACAGAUGUAUUUAUAUUGAUAUAAUUUUGGUGGAAUUAAAAGAAUUGAAGAUUUAUUUGUGUACAAGUAAAUUUGUAAUUAUUCUGUAUUAUAUCAUUUAUGUACUUGUUUAACCUUAUUAGAAUUAAUAUAAAAUAUUACUACAUAUUGAGAAUUAGUACCAGACCUAUAUGUUUGUUCAACAGGUUUUUCUCUUUU